AAGAUGAUGGAUAAGCAACCAAUCGAACUCAAACCGUCGCGUGUCAAUUAAUAUCAGACCAGAUGAAGAAGAAAGAAUCAUGAUUCAUGAAUCUUCACCCCAAGAGCACACAAAACUCCAACUCUAGCUCCAUCAGCAGCCAUCAUCUUUGAUUCAAUAAUUCAACUCCUCUAGCCAGCAAAGUUUGAAAAUUCCCCCAGCUACUUUAAAUCCCAGCUUCUUUCUUUCAUUACUCGAUCCCAAUAACCAAAAAAGAUGGAUCUUGAUGAGUGGGAAUACCUCCCUGAUGAUGCUUUUCUUGAUUUCCAUGAAGAAAGUGAGAAGAAGGUCUUCUUUAGCAAGCGCUAUUUCGAUUCCAAAAGUGUUUUCAAUAUGUACCACGACUACUGCAUAAUCCAAUCACCCAAUUGUUCUAGUUCUAAGAAACUAGUUGCCACCGAUCAAGUAGCUCCUGCUGUGCCUCCUAAUCAACUUUCUGUUCCUGUUCAAAUUCAACUGCUUCCUCCACCAAGCUUUUUCAGAUCCACACAAUCACCAGAUGAAGAAAAGCAAGAGGCUCUUGUGCCAGUUUCAGCAGCAGCUGUUGUUACUGGUACUACAGGAGCAGGGGGAGGAGGAGGAGGAGGUGAAGGUGAAGGUGAUCAAGACCCACUACUCUCCCAAGUUUACUUCAAGAAAACCACUUGGGAACCCGAAUUUGUCGACAUGAAAAUGGACUCGCCAAAGUCUCCUACCAGCAGAGGAGGAUUAGGAUCAGGAUUUGUGCAUCAAACUAGUAGUGAUUCUACUGCCGCUGCUGGAGGAGCCAAGUUUCAGUUUGAUGAUUAUAAUGGUGAGCCCAAGGUUAGCUCUCCAAGAAUGAAAACCAACAAAGAGGAGGAUGAACAAGGACAGAGGCAGAACAAUAACAUCUGGAAGUUGAGCUUCUCUGGAAUUGGAGCUAUUUGCUCUUUUGGUUUUGCUGCAGCUACCAUUUGUAUUCUGUUUUUGGGUAGCCACCAAAGAAACAACCAAAACCACAAACACUUCCAGAUUUACACUGAUGACAACAAGAGGAUUAAGGAGGUGGUUCAGCGAGCAACCAAAUUGAAUGAAGCAUUUUCAGCAGUGAGAGGAGGGGUACCUCUAACCAGAGCUCACAUAACAUCUGGAGGUUACUAUACUGGUGCUCUAUAAAACCCCAACUUAGCCAUUACUUGGAGUGGAGAUCAAGUUAGGGGAAACAUCGAUCCACAGAUUGUUGUUGUGUAUCACUGCAUGGGUUGCUUUGUAUAGAAUUCUGAGUCUUUUGGUUUUUUGUUUGUAAAUUCCUUUUUUAAGUCUUUGUAAGCGGUUUUCUUGUGACGGGGCACAAUAAUGGGAUAAAGUGAUAAACCACAUAAUAUUAUUUAUUAAAUGCUCAGUAAUUCUUUUUUGAUUA